AUGACCAGGCCAGCUGAUAAUCUUGCGACUAAGUGCUGUUGUCGAUGUCUUUGCAAUUCGGACCGGUCGCUUGAUGCGGAUGAAACGCAGGCAGUGGUGGGGUCAGCGGAAGACUCCAAUCGGACUCGACUUGCGCCCCGACUCCCAGCCGCAUCGGCGGAUUCCCGCGGCCGUGUCCCUGGUCUUCUGGAGGAAGUUCUCGGAGACUUCGAGGGCGAGCUGGACGAUUUUCGGCCAGCAUUGCCUGCUGCAACCUCACCGCUCAGAUCUCCUGAAGCUUUGCUAGCAAAGCUGCGAGCCGUUAGGUUAAAGCGCGGUUUGGGCAUCGCAGAGUUGCAAGCACUGGGUGAUGUGAACGGCGAUGGGCGCUUGACUGCCGUGGAGUUGGGAAAGGUGUUUGCCGCUGUUGGAAUCAACGCAGAUGAGGAGCUCGUGUACGAAGUGUGGAGGCAUAUUGAUACCAACCACAACGGUCAGGUCAGCUUGUUCGAGCUUUUUCAAGCAAUGAAGCCAUCCACCACAGAGGUGCUGAUUGCUUUGAGCCAUGUGAAGUACCGCAGGCAUGCGUCUCUGUCUACUUUGUUCCGUCCGUAUGACUCUAACGGGGAUGACAAGUUGACCCCUGCUGAAUUCCAUAGAAUGCUUAACGAUCUCGGCUUCGAGCUGGACGACGAAGGUGUACGGGACCUGCUUCAAGUGAUCGUCCGGGAUCGAGACGGUGGAAAUCUGCUGUCCCUCCGGGAUCUGACGCUGGCUCUGGAGUCUUUGGAGCGUCAAGAAGGCCGGCCGGAUCUGCGAAUGGGCGGAUCUUCGAAAGCCGGGGCUGUGGAGUCGACCCUCCCGAGGUCUCCUGACAUACUUGUAUCGCACAGUCCCAAGAGGUCACUAGAGCGACCAAAGACUGCCCCGGUGGCUGGAACGGAAGCCGUUCCUUCUCAGGAGAGCCACGCGGAGAGUCAGGCUCAGAAGGCGCCUCAGCUGGCGGAGCUACAAAACCCGGUGGUCCCUUUCAGACACGCUAUCCAGCGCCUAGACCCGUGCGGCCUGCCUUUAGGUGCACAGGCAUGGGAAAGUCUAAAUCGAAUCUUCUAUAGACUGGCGCAACAGAACAAGGAGGUCUCGACAAGGGAGCUUAUUCUGGCUAUUCGUAGCGACGUGCGCAUAAGAACCGAAGGUUUGCUGCAUCGACCGGUGAUUGCCACGGACGACGGUGGUCCUGCAGUCUCGUUGGACGAAGCCCUUCACCAAGUUGAAACACAAGUACUUGACGGGAUCGGACAUUUGGAGAUGGUAUCCUGGGACAGGUUCUACUGGCUGCUUCUCGAGGCACACAGGCACCGAGCAACGCGGCAGAUUCUUCCUGUCCCUGCUGUCCCUGUUCGACCUCAGAGUCCAAUUCCUGCAGUCAAGACUUCGCCUCUUGCAUGGACCUGCCCAGUAGACCCGAAUGACUCGCCGGCCGCUUCUAUCCAGUGGCUGGCGCAGGAGUGCAGCUGCAACGAAGAGAUGCUGUACCGGCUGUAUGAGAAGUUUACCUAUUGCUGUGGAGGUGACUUGGUGCAUGUACCACGUGAGCGAUUUUUGCAGGCAGUGCAGAACAGCGGGAACCUGUAUGCCGCACUGAUGACGACACCUUUAUUGUCAGGGCGUCCAGCCGUGGUGAAGCCGAUGAACUGGGGCGAUGUUCUCUGGCAGCUUUCCCGCAUAGAAGCUCCGCUGCUAUCUUGGUCGGACAUUGUGGCGACAGUGUGCUGGUGCCGAGCCUGGAGCCUUGGGUUGUCAGAAUCUGAGGCCUUGCAUGUGUCGCCUCGGGUUCGACCGAGCUCGGCAUCAGCAGCCAAAGCCCGUGUAGAGGCGUUGCUUCAGAGUCGGGCCGUUGAUGCAACCGACAACAGAGCCAAGGCUUCGCCCUUGCAGCCUUCUUCAAUUGUGCCAAAAAUCGCGCACGUGCAAGACAUGCAAAGCCGCUCUCCGCUGGAGAUGGUCAGCAGAAGGCUUGCCGAAGCCUCAGGCUCGGGCUGUGAGACCCGGUCGCAGCGAUCGAAGCAUCCGUGGCUAGACGACUCCGACGACGACGUUCCAUCGCGUGUGUCGGUGUCACGAGUACCGGCCCCGGAAAUCCCUCGGCUCUCAAACGAGGCAAGCCAUAGCUGCCACAGCAAAAACCAGGGUCAAGCACCCGUGGCUUUACGGCUGCAGAUGCCCGAAGGAAGGCCACCACCAGAUCCAAAGGAACUCCAGAGGUUGGAAGUAGAGCUGGCAAGAAUACUCAACAUGCCAGUGCAAGCUGUAAAGCUCCAGGGCCUGAGGCCCUAG